CGGUGUCAAGAAAAAAUAAUCAUGGCGGCUGUGUUUCGUUGCGAGUGAUGAACUGUAGGAAUAAACGAGAUAAUUUCUGAGCAUGUUACUGAAGUAGUAGCGAGAACUUUUCAGAUAUGGAGGACCUGAAGGCUAUGCUGAACUUCGACAACACUUCAGUUCAGUUUAAAGUGGUGAAAAAACUUGUACAGAAGAUAGCGGAGUCAACUUCAAAAGGCCAGCCCAUUUCUGCAGAAAAUUCAAAGAAACCACUGGAAUUAGACUUUCUGUUGGAAAAUUGUUGCAGCAGCAAUGCAGCCAUUAGUCACAACUCUUGCGAAGCUGUGCAUUACCUCGUUGUCCAUGGACACAUCGAUUGGAAGUUUGCCGUGACGCAGCUCUUAGGAGUGCUGUAUUCAUCAGAACAUGUCAGUGCCAUCAUACUAAUCAUUGGUAAAUUGCUGUUCACUCAAAUGCGUGGAGAAAUUCAGGCAGGAGCCAAAUACAAAUGCCCCUUUGGACUAAGGAAUCCUACCCAUCCUUUUGUGCUGAUACUGAGAGAGAAGCCAGACUCCUGGAUCUUCCUGCUUGAGUCAAUGGAAUUGUGCUUUAAGGAUCACCAAGGAUGGGAGACAUUUGAGAUGUUUUCUCCUGUGUUCACGUACGCAAUCUUAAACCCAGGAUGGUCCACAAAGCACGCAAUGCUCAGAAGUAAACUUUUUCAUAAAGUUUCAAACCUACCUACUUGCCCUCGUCAUGUACAUUUUCUCAAGUGUGCUCUCCAGUGGUUGCCACUGCAAACUGAACAAGAGCUCUCCCAUGUUGUUCUAGUUUUAGAAGAAUGUCUUCCGACCUUAGUCGGUCAUAACACGGCGUUACAAAGCUGGGUGUGUGCUCUCGGAAUAUCCGUUGCUUACGAAGCGUGGAAGCUGCAGGUGAAUUCCCUGCCUCUUCUCCAGAUUCUCAGCAAAGUGUUCGGUGGUCUCAAGGAAUGUGAUUUCCUGACUGACGUGUGCUUCGUCGAGCUAGCCGUCUGCCUUACCAGAGUGCCUUCUACCUACCUAAGCAAGUUGUUUGAUAUCUGUGAUACAUUACUGGACAAUGCAAGGCCAUCUCCAACGGUCGCAUCAAUCUUGCUGCUCCCACUUGUCCAGAUUUUUACGCAUCCACCCGACUCCUUCGAUCCUAAGAACCAGCAGACCAAACUCCAAGCGUCUGCCGUCAAGCUUUUAGGCAAGGUUGAAAGCAUAUGUUACAAUUCCGCUUCUGGCGGAAGCGCGAGACUCUCACUAAAGAAACACAUCAUUGAAGCAGCCAUCAGUAUCGCAACUUUAUCAGGAGCUACGUACGAUGCUGUUCUGGUGGCAAAAGUCUUGCAUGAGUUUGAUAACAUUCAGAGCAUCACAGAUAAGCACCGUUAUAUAGAAGCAAUCGGCAGUGGUGUAGCGUCCAAGAAACAGAAGCCUGAGCUCUUGGUGGUGUUAUUGGCCUCGGCUCUGAUCGCCACUGCAGACGACAUGAAUAUUCUGCAAAGUGCGUUAGACAUUGCCAUGAACACUGCAACUAGGACAAAAGAUUUGGGUCCUUUGCUCUUCUCUGUGGUCCUGUACAAGCUGAGCAAAAGCACAAACCCAGAUUUCAUCAUGGCCCUGCUUUAUGCCCUUCCACAAACAGCUGUUCACAAGUACUGUAUUCCACCACUUCACAACACCCUGCAAGCCCUUUCCGUCAAUCCCACCUUGAAGGCGUGCUGCAUCGUGUGCUUUACCGAGUUGUACAAGAGGCAGCCUCAGUGUUUCCCAUUACUGCUGAAAGCAAUAGGAGAAGAAGAGAUUGAUGGAUAUUGUGAUGAUGUCUUGCUUUCUAAAGCUUCUGCUAUCCUAAAUGUGAUUAAGCACGACUGCUCUCUUCAUGGAGUUGAUGUUCUACCUUUUCUGUCUGCCAUAAUCAACAAGUACAAAAAUCAUCAUCAAACAGCUGCAGUAGUUUUAGCUCUACGGGGAAUCUCUGAGCUUUGCAAGGCUGAGGUGAUUGACAUAAGGUCAACACUCGAUGCCGUCAUGCCGAAGUUAUGGAGAGAUGAAAGACCGCUUGUUCUAACUGCUUUAUACCAGCUGAUAUCAGUAGUGCCUCAGUUGUCAGUGCCUUCACUUGAGUAUGAAAAGUACGAGAAAGAGCUUCUAUCAAAGCUGUGGAAAGUUGUGAUAAGAGGCAGCAAUGAUGUUACUACUGGAGGUGCUUACAGAGCAUUGGCAGAAUUUCCAACCAAUUACCACUCCUUGAAGGUCAUACCACCUGAGGCCAAAAAGAACCUGAAGAUUCCGAUCUCAAAAGCCUCCACUCCUCUAGAGCUGGCUCAAAACCCUGAAGACGUGCUACCAUACACGCCAGGCUAUUGCUUCAUCGAUCUGCUUCAGAGCAUUGAGAGUGAAGACGUCUUAGAUGACUACACUUACUUCCUGUCACAGCUGUUGGUGAAAGAAGUGAAGGAGAUGCCACGAUCUGCAUAUUCCCUCUCUCAAAUGAAGUACAGGGACACGUCGAAAGACCAACAGCGGAGAGUCGUGCCUCAGUUGCUGCAGACAUUGUAUGAGACAAAUAAGUACCCGGGGGUGCAGAGCAGUAUCGCAGUUGGAGUCCUCCUGACGUCCGAACCCCCGGUGCAGUUAGACCGCGAGGGCAAACCUCUGAAAAAGUCUCUGGCAGAACAGUGCAAGUUCUACGAACGGCUCAUCUCAACCCUCCUUCAGGAUGUGCCCCUAGAUGCAAACGACUGGUAUCGCACGCUGCUUGCUACCAGUGCUUGGAGCAUGUUCAUGAGGCGAGCUUUCCAUGCGGCAGAAGAGAGCCGCAGAGUGGAGCUGGAGCAUCUGCGUUCCCACGGGAAGUUACCAGGAAGCGCGGAAGAUGUCACUAGGCAAUUCAACAGGUCAUGGCUUUGGGCAAGAGAUUCAUUGACAGAAGCAAUCAAAAAGAAUUGUUUUGGACGGGCAACUCAACAGGCCAACGCUCUGCUUGCUCUCUCGGCAUUAUUGGUAACAGUGUCGGAAUACCACAGUGGGCUGGAUAUUGCGCUGAAACAGAGUGCCGCAGACGAUACAACACAUAUUCCACCUUCGGAAUGGACCAAAGCUGUACUGGAUCUUAUCAUCUCGUGCAUCGACAGUGAUUAUGGUCAUGCUGUCAAGAUGUUUGACUGGAUAUUCAAGAGCUCUACAAAGUCCACCUCGGGUGGCUCAACGCUACUGCGCAGUUGUGCGUCUGUCAGUGCCAGCUGGGUGGUUCCAUACCUGCAUCAAAAGGACCCUAAGCUGGUUCCCAGUCUCCUGGAGAAGCUGAUGAAUCAGCUGGCACUUGAAUCAUCUAAGCCAGCCCAGCUGUUGCUCGGCAUUGGGCUGGGGUUCUUUAUCCAGGCUACAUCGAGGGAAGGUCUGCUUGAAAGUACCAGGGAAUCGGGAGGCACGAAGGGGUUGGUCAAGUACAUUGUGAAGAACUUGAUGUCUUCCUGCUUUGACAAUGGAGACACUGAACCAAAGGCUGGGGACCUCCUAUGUCUCACGCUCUGCUUAUCAGGCCUCAGCCAAAGCAGGGACGAAGAGAUGAGGAACCUUGUGCUUGUGGCAUGUGCUAAGUUCUGUGAAGUGCUUCAUGCAAUGGACUCCAGGAUGUGUUCGUUUGAGGUACACUGCGUGUGCACCGCUGUUUUGAUUUGCAAUGCUGCUUCUACGUUGUUGACGAUGGAUAAUGUCGAAGAGCUUCUUCUCUGGUUUGAGAAACGGCGCCAAGAAAACGCACAGUGCGUUGGCACUUCAGUUUCUCUGGGAAUUCUGGUUUGUAUGUUGCAAGAAAUGAACCACCCAAAAGCGGAGAUACUCUACAGAUCUCUGCAUAGUCAUUGGAUAUCCAUUUUAGGAUCAGAGAGCCAGCCAACCCUAUCUCGUCUUGCCGCAAUAAAGGGUCUCUGCAUCAUGUCGAGUGGUGGGCGACUUUUGCUCAUGGUGAAUGCUAAGGAACAAUCUUCUGAAAGAGGGCUAAAAGAAGUUUUUGACCUGCUCUUGAACAUGAUGAAGGUGUCGAAGGAUACUGGCUUACUGAGUUGUACGGCAUGGCUACUUGGGGAAUUGCACAUUGUUAACAGCGGCCAAUCGCAGAACACCUCUUCGGUUCCUUCAAGUUAUGCCUACCUUGGAGAACAGAGCAUACUCUGGCCCCUAACAAAUUUUGUAGCCACAUCCAUCAAAUCUGGCAGCAUGGAUGUUCACCUGCAAGCUUGUAUCAAGGCUCUGAAACAUGAGUUUCCACGUGCGCUUCCACCAUUCAACUGGACUGCGUUGCUCACGCCCCUGAUGACAGCUGAGGACGCACCAGCACUUCCUCCACUAGUGAUCAGUGUUGCACUACAGAACAGCUCAUCAUCAGCAUCUAUGUGCGCUUUCCUGACUACGUGCGUGUCGGAGCCCCUUCUACACAGCCUUACUCCUGAAUGUGUGAACAUGCUGCUGUCAUCGAUACCCAUGGUCGCAAAAGUUGUUCCUCCUGCGAACUUGAAGCCAUUCUUGAAGCUGGUGACCAUAAGGGGUAAAGCAUCUACGACAGACAUGGAAGCUAUUGUUAAGGGGAUGAUCAAAGUCCUCAACAUUGCUGACCUUCCCUCAGCCACAACCUCUCUCGUCAACGCAGCCAUAGUAGAAAUCUUUGGGAAGGCUCAGCAGCUUUUCAGCGCUUGUCUGGAAUCCGGACUGAUGUCAGUUUUGUGCGAAUGCUUCCUGCUACUUUCCGAAAUGUGCCAAGAUGGUAUAUUGGACAGCUUGACAAACAUCCCCAUGGUAAUCUACCUCCACACCCGCUUGUGUGUGAAGGGCAGGAGACCCAUCAAUGCCACGUGCAAUCCAUUUAAGGCAGCAUGUAGCAUACCACAAGGGGAACGGCUUGACAUAUUGAAGUUGCUACUGCGGUGCCUGGAAUUCGACGAUGGUGAAAACUGUACGCAGGAAGUGAUCAGAUGGUUUGUGGACUGUUUGAUGAUGGUGAAAGAAACUGCAGAACAAACUGCCCCAAACAUCCUGUUUCUACAGUACCAGUUGCAGCUGGUGUCUCUGGUGGCAACAGCACUUAGCCGGCUACACAUUCAGCACAACCUCAUACAUCACCAUGACCUACCGAGCACCCUUUUAUUGUUGUUGCCAAAAGCACUAGUCUCUCUGCUGAGUUCACCUAAGUGGAACGGCAUCGUGCAAGUGGUAUUCGACUGGCUGUUGCAUCUUCUCGACAAGCCACGGCUGCACGAUCUUAAGCCACAGCUCCUAGGAUGUAUAUGCAAUUUGAGAUCUACUGAAGAGUACAAAUCAUCCAUGUGGGUGCAGUCAGUGUCGCAUAUAACGCAAUAAGCUUUGUUUCAUAAAAACUUUCUAGAACAACUUGACUU